AUGGUCGGGUUUUGUUCCAGCUUCGACGUUGAAAAUGGGGGCCCCAGCGGCGCGGCGGGUGGUGCCCGCUCCCCUCUGGAGGGCGGCUCUCCAUCCGCCGCACUGGUGCUCCAAGCGAUGCCGCAGCGGCGCGAGUCCUUCCUCUACCGCUCCGACUCCGACUUCGAAAUGUCGCCCAAGUCCAUGUCGAGGAACAGCUCGAUCGCCAGCGAAAGAUUCAAGGAGACCGAGGCUGCACAACUGGACCGAGCGUAUGUACUAGCA